ACAGCUUCUAGGCCUGGCUUUGGCCUGCAUCGGCUUUCUGGGGAGCAUCAUUAGCUGUGCUCUCCCCCCAUGGAGAAUCACGAAAACCUUCAGGGAUUACGAAAUGCCCUUCUCCGUGGUGGAGGGUUUAUGGAAGAGAUGUGUGAUCUCACCAACAGGUGAAAUGGAGUGCAUGGGGUACGAGUAUAUGCUGUUACCUUUAGACAUGAAGGCUGCCAGAGGACUCAUCAUCACUGCCAUUAUCAUUGAGGUCCUUGGGAUCCUGCUUGGUGUGGCUGGGAGAAAUUGUAUGAACUUUGUGCCAGACGAAAGACAAAGGAGGAAAAUGGCUCUGACUUCUGGAAUUGCCUUCCUCAUUGCAGGCUUCUUUGUUCUCAUCCCAGUCAGCUGGACAACCAACACCAUCAGUGAUCAUUUUGAGCCUAUCGAGUCUUUUAAUCAUCCUGAUUAUCUGCUACUUAAAAAGAUGGAGUUAGGAGCUGCGCUCUACAUUGGCUGGUUCACUACUGUCCUUCUGUUCCUGGGAGGAGGCCUCGUCUGCAGCUCCUUUUUCCGCAGAAAUGGAACUGAGUAA